GCCGCGCAGUCGCAUUCAUAUUACUGCAUAGGCGUAAAAGAAGAAGUUUUAAAUGAACCAUAAGUUUAUAACUGAAUAUGCUUAGUUGAAAAAAAGUGGUUUAAAAGUGGAACGAAAAAAUUGAAUCAAAAUAAAAUAUUUUAUAUCUAUUAAGAAUACAAUCAUUAAGAAAAAUAGCAAAGAAUUUUAUUGCGUUACGCCAUGUUCAUCGAUGUAAGAAAAGUACACCAGAUGUAUUGUAGAGUUCGUGCAAGAUGUCUAUGUUAAAAAUUUCUUAUGCGCAUCGAAACAAUGCUCACAUGUUUAAUCAAAGUAGCACGACAUUUAUUUUAACGUAUAAACCUCAACGCGACAAGUAAUUUGCAUAGAUAAAUGUAAAACGAUAUGUAUGAAUGUUACACAUGGUUCUUUUUAAAUACCAUUUUUUGGAUCAUAUAAAAAAACCCUAAAGAAGCAUUCAUAUUUUUAAUUACUUUUUUGGAAAAUAACGAUCUAUUGUCAAUUAAUUUGGCAAAUAUGUAUACAUUCAAACCAUUUGUGUUCAUGAAACAUGAAGCACAGAGUGUAGAACGUCCAAAAGCUAGAAGUGGACAUAGAAUAGUGUGUGAUCAUAAGAAUUUAUAUUCCUAUGGUGGCUUUAAUCCUUGUAUCUCUGAUACUGAUCCUGAUAUGCAAAAUGAUCAAACAUGGAUCUCUAGUAAACCACUUUUUAAGGAAGUUUGGAAAUUCAACCUUGUUACACAACAAUGGAAACGGUUACCAGGUCAAGAUAAUAUGCCCAAUGAAUUGGCAUCUAAUGCGGUGAUUUUAAGGGGUAAUGCCCUAAUGGUUUAUGGUGGAACUGGUGUACCAUUUGGACAUAGUUGUAGUAAUCAUCUUUAUGUGUGCAAUGUUAACGAUGGUAAAAUGUACAUAGUUCCUGCAAAAGGAGAACUACCUGAACCCCAAUAUGGACAAGCUUUAGUAUGUCAUGGGUCAUAUUUAUAUACUGUUGGUGGUACUACAGGAUACGAAUAUACUUGUGAUAUUCAUAGAUUUGAUCUUAGGACUGGUGUUUGGGAAACUGUUUAUAUAUGUUCUGGAAGAGAUCAAAGUGAACCUACAGGACGAUAUAGGCAUGAAUUAGCUUUUGAUGGAAAACUUAUAUAUGUUUUGGGAGGAGGAACAGCUACAGAAGCAUUUGGUUUCUCAGAGAUUCCUGCUUUUGACUUAAAAACAAAUAAAUGGAUAAUAUUAAAUACAUAUGGUGAUAAUGAUGAUAAUACAGUACCAGAGCCUAGACGCUGUCAUGGAUCUGUACAAUAUACAGAUGAAAAAUCAGGUAUCACAUCAGUUGUAAUCUCUGGAGGAUAUAAUGGAGAUCAUGUUUUUUCUGAUGUUUGGAGACUAGAUUUAAAAUUAUUGCAAUGGACAUGUUUAAGAAAAUGUAUACUUCCAUGUCCUGUAUAUUUUCAUUCUGCAGCUCUUACUCCAGAAGGACGCAUGUAUACAUUUGGUGGUAUUAUUAAAGAAAAUAAUAAGGUUGUAAGAACAGAUGCAGUUCAUUCUGUUUGGUUAACAAUUCCUAAAUUAUCAGAAAUAUGUUGGCAAGCAUUGAUUUAUUACUAUCCAGAUUUAAGGCAUAAGUCUCAAGAUCAAUUACUUCAUAUGGGUAUACCUUUAAAAUUUGUGCAAAGAAUUGAUUGGUAUGAUGCAUAAUAUUUAAGAAAUUCUCCCAAUAUUUGCUACAUAUUCAAAGCGUUACCACUCCGACCAUUGUUACCAGUUACUUAUUGCAUGAAUAUUGUAAUUGUUGAAUAUUAUUGCCAUAAUUUACUUACAAUAUUUUUAUAAAAAUGAUACAUAGUGUGUUGGGCAACUAAUAUGACAAAUAUUAUCAAUGGAUCACUUUCUUCAAAUUUAUUUAUAUUAUUGUGCAAUAUAUAUUUUACAUACUGGAUGAAACUUUGUCUAUGAAUUAUCUAUGUGUUAAAAAAACAAAGAAAAGUUCAUAUAUUCAGAAAUCAAUAUUAACGUUAAAAGUAAAUUUAAUGUAAAUGUUUCAAAUAUGUUAAAUUGUAGUAAAUUGUUAAAUAUAAUAAAAUUAAAUCAAAUUCAACUUUAAUAAUGAAAUUAUGUGAAAUUUAAUCAUAAAGUAAUGACAUUUUUUAAAAAAUAUGUUUAUACGAACUUUUUUUAUUAUAGCACAUUAAAUUUUUAUUCAAAGUUUUAUCCAGAUUUUUUUUUUAUACACUCUGUGUAAUAAAUAAUGUAUUAUAUUAUUUCUAAAAUCUUUCUGGUUUUUCCAAAGUUUAUUAUAACUCAUUUGUAUCUGUAAACAAUUUAAAUUUUGAAAAUCAGAAAUUGUAAGUAAAUAAUAGAAUUUUAUUUGCAAAAAGACUUACAAUAUCCUUUUUUUUGGUAAAUCAUUUUUUAUAGUAAAAGUUUUAUUUAUUAAUAUUAUCUUUUUUAUCAAUUCGAAUUAUUCAAUUAAUAUUUUUUACUUAAUCUUUUAAUAAAACAUAUUCUUAUUAUGAACAAAGAAUUAUAUUGCAUAUAUAAGAUUACUGGCAAAUAUAUUCAUUAAUCUAAUGAAAUUUAAUUAAUUUAAUUAAAUGUUAUAAAAUAUUCGCAACAAAAAUAUAAUAACAUAUAUAAAUUUUCAAUAUAACUAAACUGCGCAUAUACUUUGUUAAAAAAUAUGCUAUUUUUCUUCUUUUCUGCUAUUUUUCUUAUUCGUAUUGUAAGAUGUUUUCCACUAAAAUUUGCUAUAUCAUUGUACAUACAUAUAUAUAAAUAAGCAAUAAUGAAUUCAUUAUUAGACGAAAUUAUUGAGUGCUAUGAUUUUAAAUUAAAAACAGAAAAAUAAGAAUAUAUAUAAAAAGAAAUCAUCAUCAAAAUAUAUUGUUUUAUUUUUAUCAAAUAAAUGUUUAGAUUAAAAUUCAAUUUUUGAUUGAAAAAUUCAUUUAAUAUCAUGAUGAUAAUAAUAUAAUGUAUACAAUGUUUAUAUAUUACUUAAUAGAUAAAAUUUUUCUUUUAUUGUUGUUUGUGAAAUUUCGUUUUUGUUUUGUUAAAAAAAUAAAUUAAAUAAUUACAGAAAUAGAUAUAAUUUACAACUACUAAAAACAAAUUUUAUACCUUUAGAUACAGAUCAACAGUACAAAUAAUACACAAAUAUUUAGAUAUUAUAAGUUUAUAUCUUCGGAUACACUUUUAUUCAGUUCCUUGAAAAAACGAAUCCUAAAUCUAAUAGUAAUUAUACAAAAUAAUUUGAAUAAAUUAAUUCUUUUAUUCAGGGAAAUUGAAUAGCAGAAAGUGCUCCAUUGCAAAAGCCUUUUUAUGAUGAUAUUAUGAUAAGAAUAUUCAUUACAUAAUAUAUCUAUUUAUUAUCUAUAUCAUAUUACAGAUUAUUUUUUUAAUGAAUAUAAGUGGAUAUGAAUGAUGUAUUGAUAGAAACCAUUAAUGAUAUUACUUAUUCUUUUUUAAUAUUAUAUAAUAUUACAAAUAUUAUGUUUCAACAUAUAAGUCAUAGUUAAAUUCAAAAUCUGAUCCCAAUUCUUUUUAUAUUAUUAAUUCUCCUAUAUAAUAAGUUAAGUAAAUUAUAUCUAAACUGUGAAGGCUGUAUAAAAAAAUAUGUACUAAAAUUUCAAAAAAAUAUUAUUUAUCAAAUGUCAUUGAAUAUUUAAAAAGUAAAAAAUUUUGUUAAACGAUCAAAAUUAUCUUAUGUAGAAAGAAAAUUUUUCAAAUUCUUCUUUAAAUAGAAAACGAAAAAUUAUAAAAAUAUUGCUUCUUUUUUGUUACAAAACAGUAUGAAUUAGAACGUUGCCUUUCUCUAUAUUUGCAGUUUCUCUGAAAUAGAAUUUCAUAUCAAACUGACGAAAUAUUUGCGUACCAAUUUUGGAGUACAAAAUAGCUUAAAAGUUACUUUGUUAUGUACGCAAUGCGAAAUAUGCAUCUGUUUAUUAUUAGUAGGCAUGACUAUUGAAAGAAAACUCGGGGAACAAAUGAUGGUAAAGAGAAUGAUAAAUAUUGUAUGAAUUUGUGUAAAACGCAAAGAACUCUUGCCUUAAAAUUAGAUAAGCUAAAUGCAUUAAUUGUUUGUAUGCGAUACGUCAAUUACGUAUAAUAAGUAAUUUUUAUUGACGUUCCAUAUAAACGAAUUAUUUCGAAAAAUCACGCGAAUUAUACUUAAGUAGACACGAAGGUUGUUUCUCUUCUUAUAUAUUGUUCAAUUCUCGGUGCUAUUUAUCUAAAUUUAAAAAAGCACGUCAUAGGCGUGUGUAUUAGUAAAGAUAGAUUGUAAAUAGGAAAUUGAAUACAGUCAAGCUGAUAUCCUUAA